AUGCAUCUCUCAAGCGAUCUCUUCCUGAACGCCUCAAAGCUAUCGCCUGUCCAUGUCAGCGAAGCAGACACGCAAUUGAACGAGAAGUUGUUAGGCAUGACUGUGAAAGGACCUCGCUGGUGGGAGGUUGGUGCUCCGAAAUUCCGCGAGUUGAUGAGGAACAGUAAGACAGCGCUACCUGGUCCUGUCCUUCUACCCCAAGCGAAGCCGUUUUUGAUUCCGUCGCGAGAGAAAGGGAGGGCACUGAGCUGCCGACUUGUCAUGCCCGAGCAUGGCCGGCAGGUGAAGGGUGUUUUUAUGCAUAUCCACGGAGGCGGAUGGGUCUUAAUGGACAUUGAUUACCAAGACUCUUUCCCACAAUACCUUGCCAACGUAGUAGAUCUUGCCGUGGUCUCGAUUGGAUACCGACUAGCACCCGAGCAUCCUUUUCCUGAGGGUCCGGAAGACUGCUAUGAUGCCGCGGAAUGGCUUGUCGAUAGUUCAGAAGUCCGUUUUGGCGCUCCUUUGACGUUUGCAGGUGGUGAAGUAAACCGGCCCUAUUGCACAUCUUGCUCACGAAAUCCUACUGACCACAUCAAGUCUGCUGGUGCCCACCUCACCAUACUCUCCGCUCUUCAUCUCCUGGAGGCUCGCUCAAAUUUCCGCUUCCGCGGUCUCAUUCCUAGUUUCGGGCCCUACGAUCUGUCUAUGCCCCCUCCCAUGCACCACCUCGACCACCCGCAGCCCAUAUUAACCAAAGAAAUGCGAGCCCACUUUGUGGAUGCCUUUCUCCCCAACACUAAGCCUGAAGAACGCCGACAUCCUUCAGUAUCCCCCUUCUAUGCCGAUUUGAAAUGCUAUGGAGAUGAGGACAGGCUGCCGCCUGUUCUUUUCGAGUGUGGGACGGAGGAUUGUUUGUUGGAGGAUACGGUGUUGAUGGCAGUGAGGUGGCAGAUGGCGGGUGGGGAGGCGGUGGUUAAAUUUUAUUCUGGAGCACCGCAUGGAUUUCUGGCGUUCCCGCCAGAGAUGGUGAAGAGUACGAGGAAGGGAUUGGAGGCUAUUGGAGAGUUUAUGAGGACGAAGAUCGGAGAGUAG